ACCUAUUACAUUUGAUUUGAAUUUGAGGCAGUGAAGCGGCAAGCAUAAAAAAUAUUUGCUUCUCUUUUGAUUUUGGUGUUGGUGUUGGUAAAAAAAUGGGUAAGAAACGGAAGAGGGUUCCGGAGGUUCUAUGGCGGCUAUUCCGCAAGCGCGCGCAGAGUCUGGAGAGCACAAUCGAAUCGCUGCUGCCUUCUUCCGAAAAAGCAAUGUCGUUAUUGGUGAGAGACAAGGACCCCCUACAGUACCGGAAGCUCUUGAAUCAAUGCUUCCUUGUGGUCUCUGAAAAUGCGCCUCCUCUCUCGCAUUUCAACCCUCACUCUCGCUGGUCCCAAUCUCAGAUUGUGCAAAGGACCAUUGAAAUGCUGAUUUCUGAGCAACCCAUGUCCUCUAAUGUUAUUUGCAAUGGUUAUGAUAAGAGUAAUCAUUCAACCCCCAUUAUGGAACUUCUAUGCUCUCCAGCUUGGUGUCUUCUCUUACAAAGGGUUGGGGAUGAUGUCAUGCUUUAUCUUUUAAAGUACACAUCAAUAUUUUUGCCAGUUCCUUGUAAGAAGCAUUAUCAAGUAUCAGGUCCUCCCAUAAGUGAUUUAUGCCUCGAUUUUUCAAACCAAACAUUGGAGUCUCAGGAUCAACCUACUUCACUUGAUAAAUGUGGAUCCAACAAGAAAAGGGCUUUAGUUGACAAUGCUAACUCAAUGUUAGAAAUACAGAAGUUCAGUAAUUCUUCUGGUGUUGAUGAUCCAUCAACUUCAUUAGACUGUGUUGGCUCCAAUGUUAGGCGUUGUUCAGGAUCAUUUAGUCGGCUUCAUGGAAACAGGUGUUUUCGAAUGAUUUUAUUGGAAGAAGCUACACCAAUUAUUGGAACUGGUACCAAUAAUACUGAAGGGGAUUCAAAUGAGGAACUUCAAGAAAGCUCAAAUCAGAUAGCAGCAAAGUCUAGAAAGCGUUCAAGGCCAUUUAGUUGGCUGCGUCACAGAAAGCAAAGGCAUUUAAAUUUUGAAGAAACCAGUAUUAAGACCUCUUCUGCAACAAUUCUUACAGAUAAAGAUAGCGUAUCUGGGCGGCUCCAGGAUGAUGUGAAUUCUUGCUUAAAUAGUUGUGAAAAGAUGCCUUGUUUUUCAAUAUCACAAGCUCCUAAGCCCCUGGUAGUCGCCAAAGGGGCUUACAUUAACCAGAAAUCCAUGUUUUAUGACAUGGAACGUUCUUCAUCAAUGUUUCCAGGAAAACAUAUACUAAAUUCUCUAAAGCCCAAUAUUGCUGGUGCAAAGUUUCUUAUUGGCAGUAUCUUUGGCUUAUCUGAAAUAAAUGCAACUCAGGAAAUGCCAUGCUGCCAGAGUAGUGGCUUCUGUGUCAACAAAUCAGCAUGCAUGUACCACUCACUUGUUAAGUUGUUUAAGAGGGUCGUACGCAGGACACAGUGUUGCCAACAUCUGAGAUUAUUGGAUAAGCAUUGUGCUGUUCCAGAAUUAAAUGAUACUGGAAAAUCUAGCACCAGCUUUAAGGGGAAUGAAUCAAAGAAAAAUGUUCCUGAGAAAUCUCAUGGUUUUAAUACUGCAUAUUGCGAGGAUACUGAACCUCUGUUUGAAGCAAAUACUUGCUAUUGCUUGAGAAGUCAGGUAGUGUCAUUUAUAUGGGCAGUGAUUAGGAGUAUAGUUCCUACAGAAUUUCUAGGGACUCCCUCUAACUGGAGAAUGUUAAGGAGAAAUAUUGCCAGGUUUAUUCAACUACGAAGAUUUGAGAAGUUCUCAUUAAAGAAAUGCAUGCAUAAAUUAAAAGUAUCAGAGUUCCCAUUUCUAUCAACUGAAAAUUUUUCAUGUUGCUUUAGUAAUCAGGUGCAAAAAUAUGCAAUGAGUGAGAGUGUUGACAUGCAUAAGGGAUCCAGAAGAUUGGAUGAUGCCGCAUAUGUUUUGAGACAUAAACUUCUGGAAAGCUGGAUCUUUUGGCUCUUUUCAUGUCUAGUAGUACCACUGGUGCAAGCAAACUUCUAUGUCACUGAAACUGAGCAUGGGAAUCAAGAUCUAUAUUAUUAUAGGAAGUCAGUUUGGGAGAAGCUGAUAAAUAACGCCAUCACUUGCUUGAAAGAUCAGGGCUAUCGUGACUUGGAUGAUGUGACUGUUAGAAAUAUUAUGAAAAACAGAAAAUUUGGUUUCUCAAAGCUAAGACUUCGUCCCAAAGGAAAUGGGAUGAGGAUGCUGGCAAAUCUACAAGCAUCAUCAAAAAGGCCAACACUAAAAUCCUCUUUGGAAAAUCAAUCAUGUGGAAUGCAUGGAAAAGGAAAAUCUCGUCAAAAGAAAGUUAUAUUUAAUCAUUUCAAGUCUGUAAACUUUGUUCUUCGUGAUACACACGCUGUCUUAAAAGGAAUACAGUUGGAAGAACCCAAGAAGCUGGGAUCAUCAGUUUUUGAUUACAAUGAUGUCUACAGAAAGUUAUGUCCAUUUCUAAUUGGUCUGAAAAAUAGGUUGGCAACCAUGCCUGGUGCAUUUGUUGUCAUUUCUGAUGUACGAAAAGCAUUUGAUUCUAUUGAUCAGGAUAAGCUGCUUACUGUAAUGAAAGAUAUCAUACAGAAAGAUGAAUAUAUUCUUAAACAGUCCCAUCAAGUAGUCUGCACACAGAAAUCUUUGUGGGUUCAUAAGAACCUUGUCCUGAUGGAUCAAAAUAUGAGCACUCCAGAAGUCACAUCCUCUGUUCCCUUCCGUUUACUGCAUACUGUCUUUGUUAACCAGGAGUGGAGCAGGCAUGUGAAAAAAGAAGAGUUAUUUUUCAUUUUGAAGGAACAUGUUAAGUACAAUGUACUGCAAUUUGAUAAAAAGUUUUUCGUGCAAGGUUUAGGUAUUCCUCAAGGAAGUGCUUUGUCUCCUCUGCUUUGCUCAUUAUACUAUGGACAUCUGGAAAGGAAUUUGAUCAUUCCAUUUCUUGAAAAAACUAGUGAAGGUGCUAGUAAAGAUAUAUCUAGAAGAUAUAAUUCUAUGGAUGCUUCUGCAGAGGAAAGUAGUGGUGAUAGAUAUAUACUUCUUAGGUUUAUUGAUGACUUCCUUUUCAUUUCAACCUCAAAGAAGCAGGCUGCUAGCUUCUUUUCCAGGCUGCAAAGAGGAUUUCGCGAGUACAACUGCUACAUGAAUGAUGACAAAUUUUCUCUUAAUUUUGAUAUUGGACAGUUAUCAGGGAUUCCAUCGAGCAGGGCUUAUGUGGGUGAAGAUGGCAUUUCAUUUCUUCGAUGGAGUGGAUUGCUUCUCAACUGUUGCACUUUAGAAGUUCAGGCAGACUACACAAAGUAUCUGAAUAAUCAUUUAAGUUCGACUCUUACUGUCAGCUGGCAAGGUAAACCAGGCCGCCAUCUGAGGGCAAAGCUGUGUAGCUUUAUGAGACCUAAAUGCCACCCUAUAUUCUUUGAUUCAAAUAUCAAUUCUGCAGCUGUUAUCAGAUUAAAUAUAUAUCAGGCUUUUUUGGUAUGUGCAAUGAAGUUUCAUUGCUAUGUUUGUGACUUAUCGUACAUAUGCAAACUUCGUGUGGGAUUCUAUUUAUACAUUAUUGAAAGAUCUCUGAGGUAUAUGUACAAGCUCAUAAAGAAACGGAUGCGUUCUGCAUACCAGUAUUCUGAUGUCCUGCCAAUACUUCAGUUGGAGGAAGAAGAAGUUGAAUGGCUUGGAUUAUAUGCAUAUAUACAAGUAUUGAAGAGAAAAGAAUCACGGCAUAAACAGUUGCUAUCUUCAUUAAGGUGUAAGUUAGAACAUACAAUACCUACAAGUGUGCCACUGCCACCUCAACUAAAGUAUGCAGUUGAUGCCUCACAUUCCUCUUUAAUAUGGAAAAUUAAGUAUUAAAUUCUUGAAGGUUUGUGACAAGUAGUAUAAUGAUGGAACCUUUUUCUUUUUGUUUUCUCAUUUCCUGUCCUAUCCAACAGCUUUUGGGACUAUAUUCAAGUUUAUUUGGUUAUUGUUUUUCCUAGUACUUAGAAAAAAGUAGAAAGUUAUGCUAGAGUAUAGAAGGUUAUGUUUAUUUACUCAGAUUAGCUGGUACAAUUCUCGUACUGGAAGGGUUUCUUUCUCAUGUGGGAAUUUUGAUGAUGCAGCAAUGGCAAAUAUGUUUCUGCUA